CUGUAUCUCACCGCGUCCUGGUCCCAGUCCUUCCUCACCUGCGCGCCGCCGCUGCACUCCUCCCGACGCUGUUGUCCGUUGCAGCUGGCCCGAGAUGGAGGCGCUACUCUCCCUCGCCUUCGACAACAUUGCGUCCAAGGACACGCAGAAGAUCCGAAAGGGGCUGCGGCAGAUUGAGGGCAUGCUCGCCCAGAUCUGCCUGUCGAGCGGGAAGUCCACACCAUCCAAGCCCGGCCACCGACGGAACCAGUCUGCGAUCAACCUCGGCGAGCAACCGCAGUCCACGCCAAAGAAGCUGGGGCAGCUAUCAGAAGACCCAGCGUUUCGCGAGUUCUUCCGGUUACAGGAGGGCUUUGAGUGGAAUGUCGCAUUGCGCGUCGCAGACUGCCUCGAGCGACUGCUAGGUAUGCCAAGUAGUAAGGAUGGCCAGAACGAUCUCCUGAUCCUCUCUUCUCUUUCGAAUGUGCAGGGGCUGCUCCUCCUGCACCCUCCAUCCCGCACCAUCUUCGGCCGCGAAAACAAGAUGAACCUACUGCUCGACCUCCUCGACCCGUACAACUGCCCCGCAAUUCAAUCCGCAGCCCUCCUGGUUCUCGUAACCGCGCUGCUAGCAACACCCCAGAACACACGCAUCUUCGAGCAGAUGGACGGCCUGCUCACGGUGACGACCCUGUUCAAAGAUGAGGACACCACACAGCAAGUCAAGGUCAAGCUGCUGGAAUUCCUAUACUUCUACCUUAUGCCAGAGGCUCCCGUUGUCGCCAGCGCUCGGAACCCGAGCAAGCUGGUCGGCGUGUUCGAGAGACGGGGCAGCACCGUCAACGGCGACGAAGGCGGCGGAUCUGGAGGCAAGAGUAUCCGCUCGCAGCAGGAGAAGCAGUACGAGUUGAGCCGGUACCUGAACAACGUCGAAGGGCUCGUACAAGACUUGCAAGAGAGUGCUCCGUUCACAAGCGUGGCGGCGCGGUAGAAUCGAGCUUCGAGGCGAGGGCAUAGCCCAUGUUCGCCAUCAGCAUUCACUAUUAACCAGCAGGACCGCCAGCAUUUCUUUUGUGUAUGAUUAUUUGUUUGUUGAUACAGCAUAUCCCGUAUGUAUUGGCGCGGUUCGGUUCGUCACCAGCUCUUCCUCUGUUCUUGGCAGCACGGCGUUUGCGGGUGGGCCUGGAAAACACGGUUAAUGUUGCGACCUUUGUCCGGCGCUGUCUUUUCUCUUGGGUCAUGCAUCCCGUUGCUCCCGAGCAUUCUCUCUCAUGGCAUAAUGCAUGGCAUAAUGCAUGGCGUGGGUGGCCGCGCACUGUAAUCGUUGUCUGCUUUCGGCGUUUGC